AUGGGGGGCGCCCCGGAGCGGGAGCGGCGGCUGGAUGAGGCGCUGCGGGCGGAAGAAGAGAACAGAAAGCAGAGAGCGCUGCAGCUGGAGCGAGAGCAAAAGCUGGCGGCUGAGCUGGCGAGGCGGGGCCUCGAGAAAAUGAAAGAUGAGAAGAUCAGGCAACAAGUCAGAGCCAACAGUCUUGAACUUCGAGAGUUAGAAAGAAAGCUGAAUUCUGCUUAUAUGAAUAAAGAACGAGCUGCACAGAUUGCUGAAAAGAAAGCUAUAUACGAUGAGAAAAUGAAAUGGGAGGAUGAAGUAGCCCAGGAGAUGAAGGAAGAGUACGACAGGUAUCUGAAAGAAGAAAUGUCUGCAGAUCUGAGGCGACACCAGGAGAAGAAAAUGUACCAUCAAGAACUGGAUAAGCAGAUUGAGGAACAGGAGAAGAAGAAGCAAGAGGCUUAUGAAGAGUUUCUAAGAGAGAAACUCAUGAUUGAUGAAAUUGUAAAAAAGAUCUAUGAAGAAGACCAAAUGGAAAAACAACGGAAGUUAGAUAAAAUAAGAGAAACCCAGACAUAUAUUGAAGAGUUUAUAAAAGAACAGGAUAUCUGGAGGAAAAGGAAACAGGAAGAAAUGGAAGAAGAAAAUAGGAAAAUUAUGGAGUUUGCCAACAUGCAACGACAAAGAGAAGAUGAUCGGAUGGCUAAAGUUCGAGACACUGAGGAGAAAAAACAGAAAGUUCAAAACAUGGUUGCCAAGACCAUGGAAAGAGAAGAGCAGAGGCGUAAAGAACAGGAACAAAUCCGUGAAGAUCUGUAUCUGGAACAACAAGAAGCGAUGGAAAGGAAGAAGGAGAUGGAAGAAAUUGAAAAGAGAUUAAGGCAGUGCCUAGACUUAAGGCGAGCAUAUGAAGAGCACUUUGCUCUAAAGGCAGCAGCACAACAAGCUAUGAGAGAAGAGGAGGAAGCUCUCCGGCAGCAGAUUUUGGCCAAGCUGGCCGAGGACGAUCGCACUGAGCAGCUGAACGCGCAGAAACGGAGAAUGAAACAGCUCGAACACAAAAUGGCCGUGGAAAAAAUCCUCGAGGACCGUCGCAAACAGUGUAUUGCAGAAAAAGAGCGUGAACUUGAAGAAAGAGAGUUAGAGAAGAGAAGACAAGAAAGCAUCCGUGCAAUUAUUGAAGAAGAGAGACAGAAACUCUUGAAAGAACAUGCAUGGAAAUUGCUGGGUUAUCUUCCUCGAGGAAUACUCAAAGAUGAAAAUGAUAUUAACAUGCUUGGAGAAGAUUUCAGAUUGGCUUACCAGCAGAGAAGAGGUAAUGAACUUUCAGAAGAGAGAUGAAUCUUCCCCAGCUCCACUCCUGCUUUGCCACUAGGUGUCAGCUGAUUCCCAGUGAAAACUUCCAUUUGCUUUUAACAGUGAGGAAUUCCUUUUUAAUAGC